CAUUUGAUACAAAGAGGCGCUUCAAAUAAUUUCUUUUAAUUUUAUUUAUUUCUUUUCUCUCUAUGUUCUACUUUGUUUUUCGGAUGUAUUUGUAUCCAAAUAUUUGUUUGCCAGAUUGUAGCAGUUUGACAGGAGAGAUUAAUCACCGUGUGUGAGAGAUCGAAACGCUUAAAAAAAAAUUGUUUUUGUGCUCCACAUAUAACCUAAUGAUGAAUUCCAAGUGUUUUCUUUGCAUCUUCCUCCUUGCAAUCGGAUGCAUAUACUCGGCCAGGGCUGACGUUAUCCAUCUAAACGCCGACACUUUCACGGACAAGGUAAAAGAGAAGGAUACUCUCUGGUUUGUUCGGUUCUGUGUGCCAUGGUGCAAACACUGCAAGAAGAUAGAUUCAUUGUGGGAUGAAUUUGGAAAGGCUGUUGAAGGUGAGGACUCAGUGGAGAUAGCACAGGUGGAUUGCAGCACAAGUAAACCAGUUUGUUCAAAAGUUGAUAUUCAUUCAUACCCUACCUUUAAGCUAUUUUACAAUGGAGAAGAAUAUGAAAAAUACACAGGACCCAGGGAUGUUGAAUCCUUAAAAGCCUAUGUGGAGGGUAAAGCAGAAAAACUUGCGAGAGGAGAACUAGAAAAUGAACGGGCAUUACUAUGAAAAAAUUAAUAUGAAAAAUGAGGAGCUUAAUGAGCUCAAUCUGGUACCAACAGAGACAGCCAACCUUGGUUGUACUCUGAAAUACUUUUCAAUUUUGGAUACAUGUUUUAUGAGGCUGUGAAAAUUGAUUAUAUGAUUGCAUAUAUGUAUUCAAAUUUUUUAGCAAUAAUCACAAGGCAUUAAUGCAUGCAGAUUAUUUGAAAUGUUCUUGAUUGUAUAAUAUAAAUAUUUUACUCUUGCAUUCUAAUCAGUUUCAUCAGGCUUUUUUGUAA